UCGCCUUUUUCAUUCUCUCUCUUCUUCCCGUCUCCUUUCUCUCUCUAAAAAAACCAGCAAAGACAAAACUGCUCGCCUGAGAUGUUUCCGCCGCCACUUCACUUCAGUCUAUUAUAGUAAUCAAGCUGAAAUCAAACAAACAGUACAUUUUAAGAUCCGAGAUUUUCUCGUCGGAGGAGGAUCCACAAAUCUAAAUGGACAAUCUUGCUCGAACCCAAUCAUCCUUGCUCCGGUCUUCUCCGACCUUCCGAUCAUCAAUUCACAGUUUUUCCGACGAGGGGGAGGAGGAGGAGGAGGAGCUAGACAUUGAAGAACAGAAGCCACACGGAAAACCCUCUUCACCUCCGACCCGACUUGGCACAACCCGGUUCGCCUAUGUCAUUGCCGUCUUCUUCUUCUUUCUCUACACUUGUUUCCUUUACUUCCGCCGUGACGAUAUACCCACAUCGGAAAACCUCCUCCUAGUUCUAAUCUUCAUUGCCAUUGCUCUGUUUUUCGCCGGAAAAAAUAAGGUCUCAAUCCACCGUACCCUUUUCGUUAUAAGGCAAAUCCGCCAAGAUUACAGGUACAAACUGGGUUUUUCGAAAACCCAUCAUAAGCCAGUACAAUGGAUUAUCGGGGAAUCCGUUGAUUUAAAGAAAGAUCGAAAAGUUAGAGAAGAAUCAGGAGUUGAGUUUUACAGCUACGGCGAUUUCUACGAGGGGGAAUUUUACAAUGGACGAUGUAAUGGGAGCGGGGUUUAUAAUUACUUUGGUAAAGGAAGAUAUGAAGGCGACUGGAUUGACGGGAAAUACGAUGGAUACGGAAUAGAAAGCUGGGCAAGGGGUAGCCGAUACAAGGGUCAAUACAAGCAAGGUCUCCGGCAUGGUUUUGGGUUCUACCGUUUCUUCACCGGCGAUAGCUAUGCCGGAGAAUGGUUCAAUGGGCAGAGCAAUGGAAUUGGAAUCCAAACAUGCUCAGAUGGGAGUUGCUACGUCGGACAAUUCAAAUGCGGAGUGAAACAUGGCCUGGGUUGUUACCAUUUCAGAAAUGGAGACAAAUAUGGAGGAGAGUACUUUGGUGAUAAAAUCCAUGGAUUUGGAGUGUAUCACUUUGCUAAUGGCCAUUUCUAUGAGGGAUCAUGGCAUGAAGGACAUAGACAAGGGUAUGGAAUGUACACAUUCAGAAAUGGAGAUAGAAAAUCCGGUGAAUGGAACUCCAGCAGUCUCAAAUCAUCACUUUCACCACUAAACGAAGCUGUUCUUAGAUCAGUUCAAGGUGCUAGAAAAGCAGCAGAGAAUGCAAUCCAGCUGCGUUACUGCGUAGAUGAGCAAGUAAACAAGGCAGUCAUGGCAGCUAAUCGAGCUUCAAAUGCUGCUAGGGUUUCUGCUGUCAAAGCUGUCCAAAACAGAAUGGAUGGUCAAUUUUGUUAUAUUUAACUAAUGUAAAUCUAUAUUUGUGUUUUUUUUUUUUUACUAGAUUGUAAACAAAUUAAACCCACCCCAGCUGAUCACCAAUGUGUUUGCCGGAGGUUGAAAAUGAGAGAUUUUUAAUUUUUAAUUUUUUUUUGUAAUGCUUGACCACCACCAUAUGGGUAUGUCCACAUCACAUGUAUAUAUUUAAAAAAAAAAAAGUGAAAUGGAACUUGAUUUCGUCAUCUGUUUUUCUC